AGUUCCGGGUCGGAGGGUGGCCGGGAGGCGGAAGCGGAAGCAGCAGCAGCAGCAUGUCGGCGAUCGGGCAGCUGGAGCCCGUGCGGGGCGGCCCCUUGUUCCGGCCCCUCAGCGCCGAGGACGAGGAGCAGCAGCCGGACGAGAUCGAGUCCCUCUGCAUGAGCUGCUACCGCAACGGGGUGACCCGGCUACUGCUCACCAAGAUCCCCUUCUUCAAAGAGAUCAUUGUCAGCUCCUUCACCUGCGGCAGCUGUGCGUGUUCCAACACCGAGAUCCAGUCGGUGGGGCGGAUCCAGGAGCAGGGGGUGCGCUACACCCUCGCGGUUACGGCGCGGCAGGAUAUGAAUAGGGAAGUGGUGAAGACAGAUUGUGCCACGGCUAGAAUCCCAGAGCUAGACUUUGAAAUUCCUGCGUUCUCUCAGAAAGGAGCUCUUACCACUAUCGAGGGAAUAAUUGACAGAGCUGUUGCUGGCCUGGAACAGGAUCAGCCAGUCCGCAGGGCAGCAGACAAAGAUGUGGCAGGAAAAAUAGAUGAGUUUAUUGGCAAACUCAAGCUUCUGAAAGAAGUGGAUUCUUCUUUCACCUUUAUCAUAGACGACCCCUCAGGUAACAGCUUUGUGGAGAAUCCUUGUGCGCCGCAGAAAGAUGAUGCUCUUGUGGUUACUCAUUACCGGAGGACUGCCCAGCAGGAUGCUAUGCUUGGACUUGAGGCAGAGGAGACUGAUGAGAAACCAGCUGAUUCUGUGGAGGAUCUGAGGAAUGAAGUGUUGCAAUUUAACACAAACUGUCCUGAAUGUAAUGCCCCGGCCAACACUAACAUGAAGCUAGUGCAAAUUCCCCACUUCAAGGAAGUGAUCAUCAUGGCUACAAACUGCGAGGCCUGUGGGCACAGGACGAACGAGGUUAAAUCUGGAGGAGCAAUAGAACCGCUGGGUACCAGGAUCACCCUUCGUGUUACAGACCCUUCAGACAUGACGAGAGAUGUGCUAAAGUCAGAGACGUGUAGCGUGGAAAUUCCAGAGCUGGAGUUCGAGCUUGGCAUGGGAGCACUGGGGGGGAAAUUCACCACUCUGGAGGGGCUGCUGAAAGAUAUCCGAGAUCUGAUUGUGAAAAACCCCUUCACUCUGGGGGACAGCUCUACUCCAAGCAGAGUGGAGAAGCUCCAAGAGUUUGGCAGAAAGGUGUAUCAGAUUAUGGAGGGUCACAUGGAGGCUCAUUUCAUUCUAGAUGAUCCUGCAGGGAAUAGCUACCUUCAGAACGUCUAUGCUCCAGAAGAAGAUCCAGAGCUAAAAGUGGAGCACUAUGAGCGCACAUUUGCACAGAAUGAGGAUCUAGGCCUCAAUGACAUGAGAACUGAGGGCUAUGAAACUGGGCUGACCUCUGAGCGGUAGCAGCACAGGGAGGGACAGAAAAGCCAAACUCUUUUUCACUAAGUUAUUACUGUUGUAAUAGGGCUAAGGACCAGCCCUGUCUUGCACUGGAAGCAAGCUUUUUUUUCUUUGUUGGACAGCUGGAGGGUACACCUGCUUAAUUUACCUUUUGGAAGUUAGCAGACCUUAAAGUCAAAAGUUCUGAGUCUGUUAUGUUUUGGAGGUUUAUACUUGCAUAAAGAAAAAUGUAAACAACCUGUUUGCCUGGGUUUCAGUUGUGUUAUUUGUCUCCCUGUACAUCUGUAAAUGCACCAACUGGGAUCAAUCAAGCCCCUCUUCUAGCAUGAGUUGAUGAUAGCUCCUUGAGCAGCCGUUGGCUCUGCAGCUAGUGUCUCCAAACUGAUGGUACACUUCUACUUUGAAAUGAAAACCACCCUCGCCUUCUCUGUAAUCUGUUCUGAUGUAAAGUAUUAAAGUGUUGCUUUUGCAUAGUUAUGUGUCAUUUUGUUUUUUGUGUGUCCUCAAG